AGAUAAGCCUACUGUCCUAUAUUUAGGACAGUAGAAAUAAAAAAAAAUAUCAGAAUACCCUCUUUAUCUAAGAUUAUUUAGUCUUAUGAUUUGCAGUAAGAAACGUGUCAGCUUUAUUAGAAAAAAUAAAAAGACAGUUAUUUUAACAGUUUUUACCUUAUAUUUUACCUUAUAAGUGUGUAAUAAAAGUGCGUUGCAGACAUGGCAAAUGACAGACCGUUAGCUGCGCAUGAAAUUUUAGAUGCUUUAGAAAAUGUUUCUGAUAAUGAAGAAGAUUAUAGAGAACGACUGAUAUGUAUUCUACCUCCUCCUGUUGAUCCUGACUGUCUCACUGACGAAGAAGAUAAUGUAACUUUGAAUAAUUUGCCACGAAACAUUCUGCUUCAACCGGCUGAAGUAAUGAUUCAAGGGCAGAUUAUGGUGAGUGAUACAGAAGAAGAACCUUCUGAUUCUACAGGUCGAACUAAACGUAGGCGUACCUACGCAUGGAGAAAACGGGACUUGGCAAAAAAUCUGAAAAUUGAAGAGCAUUACAGUGUAGAUGAGGCCAUGAUCCCCUACUAUGGUAGACAUGGCUGCAAACAGCACAUAAAAGGUAAACCUAUUAGGUACGGGUUCAAAGCUUGGGUUGAUGCUACACGGUUAGGGUAUGUUUUAUGGAUGGAACCAUACCAAGGUGCUACAACUAUGUGCAAUCCAAUAUAUAAAGAAUUGGGGCUGGGUGCAAGCGUUGUUCUCACUUUUUGCGAUGUGUUGAUUUCACGUGGCUUCGACCUUCCUUACCACGUAGUUUUAGAUAAUUUUUUUACUGGGACGCCCUUGCUGGAAGAGAUAACAAAGAAAGGCCUUCGUUGCACUGGGACAGUUCGAGAAAACAGGACAUCUAGUUGUCCUCUGAUUACAUCGAAGUUACUGAAAAAAAAGGAACGUGGUGCUGUCGAUUACAGAACGACACAUGACAACACGUUCAUUAUUGCUAAAUGGCAUGACAAUAAUAUAUUCAGUAUUGCUUCUAAUGCUGUAGGAAUAAAUCCUAAACAAUCUGCCAAACGCUUCUCACAAAGUGAAAAGAGAAACAUUGUCAUAGAAGAACCACAUAUGGUGUCCAUCUAUAACAAAUAUAUGGGAGGAGUGGAUCGGUCUGAUGAAAAUAUUUCACAUUACCGAAUUGGUAUACGAGGUAAGAAAUGGUACAUGCCGUUGCUCACACACAUGAUCGAUCUUGCCGAACAUAAUGCAUGGCAGUUAUAUAAAAUAAAUCAUGGAAAACUGGAUCAUCUUGGCUUUCGCAGAAGGGUAGCAAUUGCUUUGAUUGAAUCAAACAGAAAAAAUUCCAAAAGAGGGCCUAGCCGACCCUCCCAUCAUGAACAUGCUGAUAGUCGUAAAGACCAAAUGAAUCAUCUGGUUAUUCCUCAAUCGAAGCAAACACACUGUCGUCAAUAUCACAAAAAAUGCUUAUCUGGGCUAAAAGCCUAA